UUGCCAGCCGGCCUAGCGUCGAGGCUCUCCGACUUGUAACAUUUGGCUUGUUCCAUCAUUUGUAACACAACUACAUUUGUAACAUGCAUUUAGAAACGACGCCUAGCUAAUCUAGCUGCAUUUGUAACGUUCCCACAUCUAAUUUUGUUUUGGCUCUGGUACGUAUGCCACGCCUAAAACCGCCCAUGGUUACGACCUCAAAAGCUGCACAAACAAUCACCUGCACAAAGAACCGACGAGCGAAGGUUGUAAAAAAUAGAAGCGAGGUCCUACGGGACGUUGGCUGACGGACUGCGUAGCUACCCGUUGUACACGGUAGCAGCCAGUCUCGUGACUUACCUCAAGCUCGACCUGUGGCCAUUUCAACAAUGCUUCUUAUUUAUUACCCACAUCAUACCAUUCUGUCAUACGACUUUGUCAUAGCGCGACUAAUUUACCUUCAGGGUGCAUACCGGUCGAGGGUUUGCACUUCAAGUGCUUCUUCAUUACAAGAGUUACAAUGAGAUUGAACUUCAAAGACAAUUUGACGGUUUCAGAACGUCUCAUUUCUAGAUGACCAUAUAUGGUUACACUGUGCCGCUGUGUAGUGUAGAAGCUCUCCAGAAGUUAAUAUAAAUUUAUUGAUCACAAAAUGUCAGACGCUUUUAUUAGCGUAUCUACUGUUGCUGGCUCUCUACGUGAAGGACAUCGUGACGGAUCAAGAAAUGACGCUCUAUUCUACAAUCCUGUUGGCUUGGCCUUUACAAAUAGCGGUGAUAUAAUAGUUGCAGACAACUCUAAUCAUUGUAUCCGCAAAGUGACGUUACGUGAAGGAAACGAUAUAUCCUCACACGUAGAAACGAUUGCUGGAGUUGCUGGCCGGCCUGGCUACAGAGAUGGGACUGCAGAUCAAGCUUUGUUUUACAAGCCCACGUCAGUGGCUGUGGGAGUGGACGACACUAUUUACGUGACAGACUUGGGAAACAAGAGAAUCAGAACGGUGGAUGGGUGUGGCAAGGUGAGUACAUUGGCUGGAUCAGGGAAGCCAGGAUUUGUUGAUGGGCAGGGAACGUCUGCUUCUUUUACAGCAUUAUACAACAUUACUUCAUCAGCAAACAAAUCUAUUUUCUACAUCUCUGAUGAACAGUUUGUUCGUACGAUGGAUGUACAUGGCAUUGUCACUACUAUUACAGAACAAAGGAAGCUUCUGAAAAGUAUUUUCUUUGGUAAAUCCAAGUUUGGCUGUUUGUGCCAAGUAGCAUGUAGAGGUGGAGAUCAUGAGACAUUGUAUGUAGCUGACUGUAGUAAGCAUGCAGUGACAUCAGUAUCACUUAACACCGGGGAUCUUAGAACAAUUGCUGGUGGCAAGAGAGCAUCAGAAGCGGCUUUGUUAAAUUAUCCUGUUGGGAUUUGUGUGGACAUCAGUGGUUAUAUUUUUGUGUGUGAUGGUAGAAAUCACAAGAUUGAAAUAAUUUCACCCACCUUGGAGACAAUGACUACUCUAGUGGGAUGUGGUGAGAAUGGUUUAGUAGAUGGCAAUGGUGAGGAAACGAAACUAAGCAACCCUCGUCGUCUUCUUUUGGAUGAGUCAACCCAUACACUUUACUUUACACAGGAUCAUUGCAUUCGAAAAGUUGACCUCCAACAUCUGUUACCACCACUGACACAGGUAUCUUCAUUGAGUGAAGAUCUGGUGUCUCUUGUGGACAACAAGGAUUUGGCAGACGUUGUGUUUCAAGUUGAAGGCAAACAAAUUUAUGCGUACAAACCCAUUCUAAGUGCUCGCUGUUCUUACUUUUCUUGUCUCUUUUCAUCGAAGGAAUCCCAUUUAUCACGUGAUAGACACAUGACCACAAUUCCAAUUGAAGAUGUGAGUUUUGAUGCUUUUCAAACUCUCAUUGUGUAUCUCAUGACAGACAAGGUCAAUGUGGAUAUGAAUGACUGGAAGAUGGUAUGUCAACUCCUCAUUCUCUCUGAUCACUUUCUGGUUUCUAAACUGAAGAGUUAUUGCGAAACUACUCUGGCAAGACAGAUUAGAGUCGAGAAUGUAGUAGAAAUUUUGGUUUUGGCAGACACUCAGAACAUUCCAAUGCUGAAAAAACAAGCCAUUACAUUUAUAUGCAAGCAUCGUGCUGUGAUGGUAGAUAGAGACGAAAUGAAGAAACUUUCACCUUCUUUGCUUUUCGAAAUUAUGCCAAAAGGAUUGUAAGACACGGCAUUGUGCUUUGAUAAUUUGAUUUGAUUCAUAGUUUGUGGUUACUGUUAGGUUUGUUUUGUGAUUUUUGUUGAUUUACACAUUUGCUAUGUCAAAUGCUUAGAAUGUAUUUAGUACAGUUGUGACCAAAAGUAUUGGGACACUUCACCAAUCACACUCAUAAAUCACGUAGUCUGUAUUUAUUGAGAUUAUUAUCAAAGGAUGUAGUUAUGUACCAACACUAACAUGGAGAAAGACUAAGAGAAAGG